CUCUUUUCAGUGUGCACUCAUUCAUUCUAUGCUCGCUUAGUUGAGAGGAGAUUCUCUGUGCCCGGCUCCAGUUGUGUGCGUAAAACUUUCUAAUGAAAUCAAAAAUUACUUUUUGACCAAUUUAGAAUUCGUUCUACUUAGGGUCAAGAGGGAUUCAAGACACUCACAGAACUUUCCCUGCAAAAGAAAACGUCAGGUAUGUCAAGAUUAGUUUUUAAUCUUUUUGGGAAAUCAGACCCAGGAGUUGAGCCCCAAAAAUGUUUAAAAUAGUUUUUCAAUGUUGUUUGGUCCUCAAAUGUAAAAAACAGUCCAAUGGAUUUCCAUAACUUUCUAAGGAUGUUAGGAUGUGUCCCUUUAAUUCCUUGGGGAGGGUAGUAGAUGUGAUUGGUUUAACAAGUACCUUUCUCCACUGUGAAGAAUCAUGGAGCCCAAUUCUACUGCGGGAGGGGCUGAGGAAGAGCACCAUGGAAAUUACUCACCAAAUCCAGUAAGUCCACUUUAGAAUACAGAGGAUGACAUGAAAACUAAUUGAUAUCUGGGAGUUAUUCUACUGUCUACAAGUGCAUGUCACAAGAAGUUUGGGGGUAUCAUACCUCAAGGAUUUAAUUAAUAAUUAAUUAAAUUCCCAUUUCUAUCUGAAUAUAAUAUAAUAGGAUACGAUAGAAUAGAGAGUUCUUAAAAACUCCACUUCAUUAAGGAAGUGACAUUCUAAAAACACCAGGGGGUUCCACUGACCACUGGGGAUCUUUCUGGGGCCUCUCAAUGCUGAGAAUCAGUGUAUAACAUCUGGCUGUCGCCGUGACCCUCUAGCUUGGCUGCAGCUGUUGCUCCAAGCAGGAAGGUCAGCCUUGAGGAGGAGAGAUAUCCCAAAGAGGGCCACCGGGGUCACAGCGAACGUCAAUUUAACAGAACAUGGUGGGACAUGCUAGAACAUGAUGGGACAGGACCAUCGCGGAGUAGUGAUUUUUUUUUGUAAUUACUCGAUAAAAAGGGAAUAAUAGCAACAAAAAAAAUAAACAUGGCGGUUAACCUAAAAAGCAUGGCUGAUUAUAAUAAUCCAAAUAUGUCUUUCUGUAAUGAGUUGGAACUAAUAGAUAGUGAUUGAUAACAUCGUGGCAUGGCAAAGUCAGACUGGGAAGAUUCUUACCUUCCUUUUCCCGUCUCUUUUUUCCUUGUGCCAGUCUGCCGAGGUGGCGCCUGGCAAGCACGCGGUGUCAGAGGCCUUGGAAGAGGUGCAGGAGGAGUUGAUAGAACAUCAACCUCUGGAGCAGGAAGACCUGAACUUCGAGAAGUGGAAGCCCAAGCCAAAGCCCAAGAGGACGCUCCACGAGAAAGCGUUCGAUGUGAAGACAUAUCUAUGGAACGCUGAGACCAGAGAGUUCAUGGGCCGCACUGGGCAUAGCUGGUGUAAGUAGAAGUGCUCAGUAGUAGCCGUAGUAACUGUGUGUUGCCCAUGCAUAUCAUACCACACAAAAUAUUUAACCCACAAGAAAACGAAUGCAGUGUUCAAAGCUGCAACAGGCCUGCUGACACAUUGGUACUUAAUUUCUGUAAAAGUCCAAUAACGUCACUCUCAUUUAUAAUCGCCAAUGGUUGAAGGUAAAAGUGCUGGUUUCUUGGCUUAUUGUUUUUGGAUGAUGGUUGGGGUGGGCUUGGGCGGAGGGGGGGGUUUAGAAAGAAAUGUGUCUCCCCAGUCCCUCGGCCCUGCUCACUGUACUGUGAGUGAGUGUGUGUCCGAGCUCAAUGUUUACAUAGGUGCACAGACAACUCUGUCCCGAUGCGGACAAAAACAAGGCUGCCUGGGGACGGCUUCCCGGUGGGAGUGCGCUGUUCUGAGUCACACGCUGGCCUAAAAUCACAUUCCUCAUACCCCUCACCCGGCUUUCCACUGCCUUUUUCACAAAGCCCCAAUGACCUCCGCAUUUGACCGUAGCAUGCUCGUGGCCCCACGGUCACAGGAGAACACGUAAAGAGUAGACAAGUGGGGUUUUUUUCCCAUAGAGAGAAAAAGUGGUCAAAUGUAAUUGGCGGUUCGGUGCAGUCCGUCAGACAAACGUUCUUGGCAGAGACUGUUUCCUGGAGUUUGUUGAGUCAGUGAUGAUGGAGCAGGGCUCUUGAUCCGACAGCCUGGUUUCUAUGCGAUCCGACAGCCUCGUUACUAUGUGACUCGUUUGGGUUUGAACUCCCUCAAGCCGAUGCACUACCAUACGAGAGCACUAACAUACGAGAACGGUCCAAGGGGCCAAGCUUUGAGAAAAUGUUGCAAGCAAGAGCAUGUUCCUCCUUCCUUGUCUGAAAACGUGUUUUUUUUCCUCAUCGUGCCCAGUAAUGUAGAAGACAAGAGGCCAGGCUCAAGACAGGAAGCGAUAGCUUCAGAAAGCAAUGUGUGCACACUUGUGAAGGAAUGGGGCCCCAUGUGCCUUCUGGCAAGAAAGGAUGGGGGACUGAGUUUGAAGUCUGUGAUGUGUGUCCUGUGUGAGAGGAGUGUGAGAGGGGGACACAAUACCAGAGUGGGGUGAUCGGGGCUCCUUGGAGCUGGCUGCGGCUCUAUGGCUGCAAAAGACCGUCACUAUGAUGGCAACCGGAGGUUCACUGUGUUCCUGAGUGAAAGGACAGCUGGGAGAAUUCUCACUGAGCUCAAACAGAAAGGCCUUUGUGGGCUCAGGGGACGCAAAGCUGGCUGCAACCAGUCCCCUGUGAAAUUGCCUGCGCAGCAAAAGCCAUUUAAUUUAGGGAACGUUUGGGUUUGAUUAGUUGCUAAUGGACUGUUAAUUGUAAUUUGGGGAGAACAAUGGCAGUUCUCAGGGUUUCCUUUUUUCACACAGUUCAGGUCAUUUGAAUGAGUUUGUUAACAAAUUAGUUUCGUAACAAAGUACAAACUGAUUGGAGUGAUUUCCAUUUACAGAUGUGGAGAGGCAACACUUUUGUACUGGUCAAACACAUUGGUGAGCAUCCUGAGCAAUGACAGUAGAAGUGUCUAGACAGCCCAGAAAGUUCCAAAUUCCAACAUAAUAACUGGAGAUUCUUUAUACUUCAUUAUUUUCCCCAACUCAAAUCAACAAAUUUCCAUUCUGAUGCACGUUGAUAGCCAUAACCACAACUAUUACCCUUGCCGUUCUUCUCAUGAGCUCCAUUAAAUUGAGUUACUGUGACUGUGAAUGUAACUGAUUCUCUAUAUUUGACCUCCAUGUUACCUCCUUCUAGUUCUGAUCAUCCUCUUCUACACUGCACUGUAUGUCUUCCUGGCGGCCAUGUUUGGCGCCUGUAUGUGGUGCCUCAUGCUGUCCAUCAGCCCCUACCAUCCAACCCACAACGACAGGGUGAUGCCACCAGGUAAAUAUGAAUUCUAACCCCCCACUCCCUAUUUCUCUCUCAUUCUAUCUGUCUAUCCAUCCUCCAUCCCUCUAUCUGUCGAUUCUAUCUGAACGUAAGCACAGUUGACUGUCUAUGGUUUUCCUUUGGCAGGUAUGACGAUGUCCCCACAACUGGAUGGGCACUAUGAGAUCGCCUUCAACGCCUCCGACCGCAAGUCUUGGAAGAAGUAUGCAAAGCUAAUGGAGGAACAGCUCAAACGUGAGUCAGAUACCAUACAUGGUGGAAAAGUUGGCAUUUUGCCAACCUUGAAUAGUAACUUGCAGGAGUGUGGUCUGAAAGUUAGCUGAGGAUAAUGUUUGUUUUUGCUGGGUCCGAUGGGAUUCAAAUGCUGGGGACAUGUUGGGGAAUGUUGGGGGUAUGACAUUGAAGCAGAGCAGGCACACAGUUAGUUAAUCCUCUCCCCCCUACCUUCCCUACCUUUGUCCCCUGUCCCAACCGCCACUGGGAGAGCUGCAUGCUGGGAAGGGAAAGCCUCUUUGUGGGCAGAGCGUAUCCAUUGAGUUCUGCAGCUUUUUUUUCCUUCUUCAGCGGCCCGCUUUUGUCAGACUGCCUGAAUCAGAGGCCUGGCAGAGCAAUCGGUUUAUUUAUGGGGACCCCCCCCCCCCCCAUGUCCCUAGUUUUUUAACAUUCUCAAUUUCCUUGUUUCAGUACUAACCACUAACCCCCCAUGAAAAAACGAAAAAUAAUUGUUUCAUGUCUCUCUUUCAGCGUACAAUGAUGCCGUACAGGAGCAGAGGAACAUCCAGUGUCCGCAGGAUGAGUACUUCAUGCAGGAUGACCAGGAGGAGAGCGCAGAGAGGAAGUCGUGCCAGUUCAAGAGGUCCUGGCUGGGCGAGUGCUCAGGGCUCCAGGACCCCCACUUUGGCUUCUCCCAGGGGAAACCCUGCAUCCUCCUCCGAAUGAACCGGGUAAGACAGAGCUCAGAUCAGAUCUUAUGAGAUCUCCCCCAUGGAGGGCCCCUCUGUUAGCCUGGUCCUAUAUCUGUUUGUGCUGAGAGAACACCUCCUGUGGUCGUUGUCAUGCCAAACAUGGUUGGCACAAUCACAGGAGUUGGCAAAGACAGUCCAAACAGAUCUGGGAUCAGGCUAUCCCUCUAUAGUAUCAGUCACCUAACAUUAAUUUUCAUCCUAUAGCUGCAUAUAUCAUCAGCGAUUGCUAAGAGGUAGUGUUAUUUGACAUAGUCGUAAAGUGGAGUUUAUCGAUGAAAUGGAGGAAGAUGCCAUUGAGGUAAUCUGAGAUAGAUACAGACAUUUCAGUGACAUCUUGUGGCCAUUAUGAGGAGCAUAUAAAAACGUUAUUGUGAUGUGGAUACAGCAAUUCUGUGACUCCAGUCAAUGUUAUUGUUACCAUUAUAUACUGUAGCCUAUAGUUGUAUUGUCCCCAUUUGGAAAAUUAUAGAGUGAAACCUGGUGGGGAUAUCCAAAAUUAAUUGUUGAUGAUUAGACACAUUUUUUAAAGUUAAAUGUUAAUAAAUCCUGGCUUGGUAAAGUUGAACAAGACACCAUAUACAGCUGGUCUCAGCUGGAGGUUUGAAUGGAAACAUUCCCCUUUCAAAAUUAUGUGGAUGAGAACUUAUGGCAUGAUUGGUGAACAUCCUCUAAAGAAAUCUGAAGACAACCACUGGGAAUGCUAAAUAUGCAUUGAAUUGCAACAUUGUUUCUCAACAAAAUGAUGAUAUAACAAUACAAGGGUCCUUUUAUUGCUCUCUCACCUGUAGAUUCUUGGCUAUUUGCCUGGCCAAGGCACUCCAGUAAAUGUGACCUGUGGAGUCAAGGUACAGUAACAGUCAACAUUCCUCCCUUUCAAACAUCUCAACCAUAACCUGGCUGUAAAAGAUCUCUUCGUAACUGAAUAUCAUAACUGCUUAUGGAACAUGGUGUUAGUCACGAAAAUAUGACUCACUAUGUGACCUCUCACUCUUUCAGAAAGGAGUGCCAGAAAGCUUGGGAGAACUCCAGUUCUUCCCCAAAAGCAUUUUCAACCUGAUGUACUACCCAUACUAUGGGAAGCUGAGACACGUAAGUGAGGAUUUCCAGCAGCAUGACUUCCACUGCUGCUCUCAUGAUCUAGAUUAUAUGCAUGAUCAUAGUGACGAUAGCCACUCAAGUUGCUUGUGUCCCAUAUCCCUUCUCCCAGGUGAACUACACAGCGCCGGUGGUGGCCGUGCGUUUCAAUGGGCUGCAGUACGACACCCACAUCAUUGUAAAAUGCAAACUCAAUGGCAAGGGCAUCAUCAAUGAUUCACCUACCGAUCGCUUCCUAGGCAGUGUGUCCUUCUCCUUCGAUGUGGGCGCAUAGUAGUAUUCCCCAUCCUACUGUUGGUGUGGUGUCCCCAUGACAACCAGGAGACAGGAGAAUAUAGGAAAAAAUCUCAUUAUGUUGAAUCCUUGUUUUGACCAGCUUCUCUCUUCUCCCAUUCCCUCCCGUACCCUUGUGCCUUUUGCUGAAAAUAGCUAAAUACUUUUGAAUGUUAAUGGAUCAUAAGCACACACCACACAGACACCUCACCGAUAGUCCUGAGCACAAGAUAAGUAGACAAGCUGAAUAUUACCACUUAAUACUUAGCAAGAUUAAUACCACUAGCUAGGUUUAUGAAAUACAAGGUUAAUCUCACAGGUAUAUUAUUAUACAGUACAAACUGCCCUAUAGUUAGUCUCUGUAGCUAUGCAAUUCCAUUUAUAAUUUAAGACAUUAUUAAUA